CAAACUCAAUAUCACAACACAGGUGUGGAUCAGAUAAUCACAGAGAAUGAGGAGCUGAUGACUGCCAAGAACCAACUGACUAGGGAGGUCGAUGAUCUCACUACCAAACUCACCAACACCGAAAAUGAUAAGAGGGCAGCAGAGACGGAGCUGGUGGCGAUACAGACUGAGAGAGACGGUCUCUCUGCCAGGACCGCGGCUCUGGAGGGUGAGGUCAAGAGACUCAGGAGAGAGCUGGAAGAUGAGAAGGAGAAGACCACUCAACUCAAGGAGGCUGAGGAGAAGAAUGCAGGAGAUGGUCUGAGGCUGACAAAGUUAGAGGUGGCCAGAGUUCUGAGGGAGAGAAAUGAGUACAAAGAGAAGUACCUCUCUCUACUGGAGCAAGUCAGGAUGAACGAUGAGUUGUAUCUGUUCAAGAAGAGUAAGAAAUCAUCUCGCUGGGUCGACUAUUUUGCAGCUCUGUUCAGCCCGGCCAAGAGAAGACAGCUGGAGAAGGUGUUGGAUGGAACUCCGAGACGACCAAUCCUUGGAGCCAGGAACACCCCUGAUAUUGACGAGGAGGACGGAGGAGAGGCGCCACAGGCAGGUCCGGCAGGCUACUGUAUGACCCACACCAUCCCGACCCUCCGCAGAGGAGGCAAGAGACAGGAGGAGCUACUGAUGACCAGUGUCAGCUGGCUCACUCCUCCCUCCACCGCUCACCACAGCCACCAGUCUGAGCUGCAGACUCUGCCUGCUCCUCUGCUGUCACCUGGGAUCAACACUUGUCGUCCCAUGAGCUUUCAGGAGGACGGGGCUAAGGUGCUGUGUGUGGCGGCAGUGAACCAAGCGACCUUCCUCUCGGACCACAGUCGGGCCAUCACCGUCGCCAAACACGUGACUCCGCCCCCAGAGGGUGUGGCCCUGGAGAAAGGGCGGCCACCUGUCAACAUUGGGGUGGAGGGCGAGGGAAGUAUGAGUCUUGUGUGGAUCAUCACUGGAGUACCCCACCUCACCAAGGUGAGUGUGUUGGAUGCAGCAGCGAUGGGAGAGAUUCUGGAGACGUUCAUCGUCAGCUCCACUCCCAUAGAGUGCAUCACUGGCAUCCCUGCCUUUGAUGAGAAUGAUCCCCGACGUUCUCACCAGUCUAUCAUCUGCCAGGAGGAGGAGAUCCAAUGCAGUGACAGAGAGCACUCCAUCUGUUGAGGAAUCGGGUCACCAAUCAGACAUUCCCUCAUCUCGACAUGCCACCAUGUGGAUGGGCUCCGACCAGGGAGUGCUCUAUGUCCAUUCUGCUGUGACUCAGUGGAGGAGAUGUAUUCAUGCCGACAAACUUCCAUCCGCCAUCAAAUCUAUUGUACACAUCAAGGGCAAGGUGUUUGUUCUUUUGGCCAAUUCAAGUGUGGCUGUCUUCAGAAGGUUUCCAGAUGGAGAAUGGGACUGGGACAACUACUCGGUGGUGUAUCUGACUCAGAAGAAAGAUCUCCCCGUUACUGCCAUGGCCUCCGUCAAAUUCAACGUCUGGUGUGCCAUCGGAAAUUCCAUCCACGUCGUACACUCCCAUCUCCUCAAGAUGGAGGCAACAUUUGCAGUCCACUCUCGUAAGAGGUCAGAGGUGGGUGGCCUGGUAGUUGUGGGGGAGGGGGUGUGGAUAUCGUUCAAACAAGACUCCACCCUACGGCUGUACAACGGUACCACCUUCAAUCACAUGCAGGACCUCGACAUUGCCCCUGCCAUUAGGAGGAAUAUUACGUUUGGAGGAGAGAAGAGGUCUCACGCAAUGGCCAUCCAGAUCAGCUCCCUUGUGGCUGCCCACAACUGCCUGUGGGUGGGGACUGAAAACGGCAUUCUCCUCACAUUCCCAUUCAACGCUCCGUCCGUUGUGGCAGAGGAGACAGGCUGGGAGGUCAUCAAGGAGGCUGAAGUGAUAGGAGGCACUAAGCCUCCAGAGCCGUUCGAUGUCCGAAUGGAGCAUGCGGAGGAGGCAAGUGGUCUCUUGACUCCAGAUCCUCCGACUCCUCGGAAACAACCUCCUCGCUCUCCUGUCCGCAGUCUCCAGAGCAGCAUCACAUCAAUAAUCAGUAAAGUGGGCAGUACACCAGCAGCGGCAGCAGAAGAGUCACCUCUUCCUCCCUUGCUCGAGUUUCAGUCUGAACAGCAGCAGAUGAGCCUGUCUUCUCCGCCUCACUCCAAGCCGUUUCACCCGUUCUGUGAGGUGGAUCAGUCUCAGAUCUCCAUCCACUGCCAUAUCAAUGCCAUCAGUGCCCUCAUCUGUGUUCCCGGGAUGGUGCCUCAGAGCGUUGCAAUUGUAGAGCCCCUGCAAGGAAUAGUGGUGGGUACAGGGGACACGUCCAAACUCAAACCAGCUCUCUUUGUGGUCAGCUGCGGAGAGGGCCACCUCGACCUCAGAACUGCUGACAAGGUCCUGGAGACUCUUGCAGGCUAAGGAGUCGUGCCAGUCGGUCGGCCAGAGCUGCCUCCAUCAAUCAUGAUAACUACGUUAUGGUCUGGGAUGUGAUGACCUAGGGUGGGUUUCCUGAUAACUCUCCUUUUUAUUCCUUACUGGCAAACCUUUAUUUUGUAAAACUCUGUACGUUUACGUGUAUAAUCUCUCAUUUCUCCCCUUAAUUCAAUGCAUAAUGUGUAUUGACUACUUGAUCGUUAUCCACUGCCACAUCUCAAGCUCGUUCAAUAUACCUCUCUUUUGCCUGAACUUAUGACCCCUAAUAUACGUAAUUUAAAACUGAACUGACGUGUUCGCUUCAAUACUCUCGCCCCUCUUUGGUCACUCAAUAUCAGUUGUCGAGUUAGCCUGUGUGUAGAAAAUGGCAACCUUAAACUAUAAUGUCUAUGCUUGUUUCCUACAUGCGGCACAUAAUAUUGCACCCCC